CAUUCAAUAACCAUUCUUGAUCCACCUCCACUGUGUUGGCGAUGACUGUAUGAGCUGACGUUGUGUGUGAGCGCGUUUAAAAACGAGGUCAGAUGGCGUGACCGCUUCAGAGCAGCACAACCGUUGUUCAACUGGCAUAAUUUGACGUCAAAGUUGCACCUUUACUGGAGACAAACACUUGAACGGACUGUUAUUCGAUCUGGCGAGCAGAUAUGGCUGGCAGGUAUAAAUUUCCUGUUCAAAGAUCAAAGACAGCCGUGCACCUUCUUGCUGUUACGAUCUUUAUUUUGAUUGUCAACAUUGCGUUUUGGACAGAUUUCAAUCAUAUUGUGAGAUACGGACACUACCGGGAAGCCACGAGAAAACCCAGCAAAAUUGACGAUCUAUUCAUCAGGAAGACAGAGCUAUCGCCAGUUGCAAACCCACACAGGCACAGGUUCGUCAGCACUUUAGAGAACAAAUGUAAGCAGAAGAAUGUCUUCCUCGUCGUUGUUGUCACAAGUUCACCUGCACAUGCCAAGCACCGGAACGCCAUUCGUAAAACCUGGGGGAAUGAGACCAUGUUCCCACAAGGAAACGUUAGGGUACUGUUCGCUCUGGGACGCAGCGACGACGCCCAAGUGGAGAACGCGGUGCAGGUAGAAGCCAAAGCACGCGGGGAUAUCAUACAGGAGGAUUUCCGGGACUCCUACAGAAACAUGACCACAAAAACAGUCAUGAUCCUCAGAUGGGCUGUUACAUUUUGCAGUGGUGCUAAAUACGUCAUGAAAACCGACGACGACAUGUUUGUUAACAUUAAGACUCUGGUACGCCAUCUUGAAACUUUACAACGUGAAGUUGACCUUAGUUCAGGUCUGUUUAUGGGAGCUAUCCAAACGGGUGUGCACCCUGUCAGAAGUCCACCCAAUGACAGAUAUUACGUCUCGAGGGAGGAAUUUAACGAAGACGUAUACCCAGACUACCUGAGCGGGACAGGUUACGUCAUGUCAAUGGAUACGGUGAGAAGAUUUUACGUCGCGGCGCUGAUGACGCCACCCAUGCCCAUGGAGGAUGUGUACAUGGGCAUCUGUGCACAAAGAGAGGGCAUAACACCAUGGGACCACAGUGGUUUUACAUUCCACCGGUUUGGCUUCACCGUGUGUACCCAUUCUCACCAGAUCGUCACGUCUCACCACUACACCCCCACAGAACUACUCGCCAUGUGGGAAGCUCUCCAGACAAGUCCGACUGAGUGCGGCUGGUUGCGCUCUUACUUCUCAAUCCUCUACGCAAAGCUAGUCAAGAGGUUUUCCAUGAUCUUUCCCUGUCUGUUUAUGGGCUGUGGUGCCAUUGAAGAAUAACGAGUUUCCAUAACGCGUCAGUCUUAUUAGAAAAUAUUUCACGGAAUGUAACGAUUCAUGUUUGAAAUACUACUAGUAUUGAGGUCUUACAGGCCCUGAGAAAUAAACAAGUUUUCACUUCU